GUUGUGUUUGGGUUCCGCUCAGCCUGGAUGUUCUUUUAAAUCCGGCCCCGUCACAAAUGGCACGGCGGGCCGCAGACCCACCCUCAUCGAACCGGAGCGGCUGAAGGACUUCGGUGAGGAAGACCUCCUGAACGGGGACGUGAAAGUCCAUGACGACAAAGUGACAGAGACUCCUGAGAUCGUUCUCAUGGAUCCUCCGAAAACCAGACGUCUCAGCGAGUUCAGGAUCGUCACCAGACCGGCUCCUCAGUUCCUGCGCUUUGAGGACAUCAGCGCCGCCGCCUUCAGGAUCCAGACGGAGAUACAGAAGACACCCUGCACGUACUCCAGGCUGUCCAAACAGUACGGGAUGGAGAUCUACCUGAAGAAGGAGCACCUGCACUACACGGGCUCAGUGAAGGAAAGAGGAGUCCUGUACCUGCUCUGCUCCCUCACACAGGAGCAGCAGAGGAAAGGAGUGAUCGUGGCCACUGACUGUAACUUCUCGAUGGCCGUGGCUCAUCACGCCGUGGAGCUGAAGAUCCCGGUGUUCGUCAUCAUGCCGUCAUGCUGCUCCUCGCCACGCCUCAGGAUCUACAGAGACUACGGGGCCAUGGUCAUCUCCUACGGCAGCACGGGACACGACUCCCAGAAACACGCCCGCCACCUGGCUUCAGAGAACGGAUACAUGUACCUGGAAGAAGAUGAGAGUGCAGCGUACCUGGCAGGUCUGGGUACAGUUGGCAUGGAGAUCUACGAGCAAGUUCCUAAACUGGAUGCAGUGAUUGUUCCUGCAGCUGGGCAGUACGGUCUACUGGCCGGUACAGCUGCAGCCAUCAAACACCUCAACUCUAAAAUCCUUGUCAUAGGAAUCGAGCCUGAAAGUUUCCCUUUGCUGCUUCAGUCUCUGAAAACUGACAGUCCAGUCAAAGACAUUCACAGCAACCCCAACAGGAAACUCUACGGAGAUCUCAUGGAGCGUUCGCUCGGUGAAAACACCUUCCAGCUGGCAAAGAAACUCGUGGAUAGAGUCAUUUCUGUCAGUGAGGAGGACUCUCUGGUGGCCAUGUUGCGGUUUCAGGAGUUCGAACGCUCCACAGUGGACACAGAGGGAGCCAUGGGACUGGCGGCCAUCUUGGCUGGACAACUACCAGAACUAAGAGGCAAAAAGGUUGCUGUAGUGGUGACCAGUGCUAACAUGGACCUGGAGCUGGUCCGGCAGUGUGUGGACCGGGCUCUGGUGCUGGACGAUCGGGUUAGCAAGUUCUCUGUGCAGCUGGGAGAAUGGCCAGGAGACAUGGCUAAGCUGCUCGACUUCCUGUCCAGAGAGGACGUCAGGCUGUUGGAUGUCUGCCAUCGGAGACAAGGUGAUAAGACAGACCUGUUCAAAGCAAAGGUGGAGUGUGUGGUGGAAACCAGGGACAGGACACAGAGCGCUCAGCUGCGUAAGACGCUGGGUGAGCGCUACCCGUCUGUUUGCUGGCUGGACCGGUGAUCGCCUCCACCAAAUGAACAUUUACUGAUAAAACAGUAAAAAAGAAGAGGAAAAUAUAUAUUCAUAAAAUCUGUGACGACGUGCAAACACAUCCUGUAAGAUGCACAUGUGAUAUAUAUUAACUCUGUUUCAAGGAACUCAUUAUCUCAUUAAGAGAACUGCUGUUAGCCAAACCUACUGACCGUAUAUCAAUAUGGACAGUGCGUCUCCAUCUCCUCCUGUCGUACAAUAGUGAAGCCAAAAUACCCCUGUCACUACUCAGAAAAAUGAAAAUUAGGACAUAACCCGCAUCAUAAGAACUAACCAUCAUGACAUAUGAUAAUUUAUUUGACGAGUAGUUUAACUUUUAAGUUUGACUUAUGUUCCAUCUGUUAACAUGGAGGAGACAGGGUUUAUGACCUAUUUAGCAGCCAGUCA